GCGCAGGAGCAGAACGGACUCUGCGGCCUGGCGGGUCCUCCCCAGGUGCGUGUCUUGGGUUCCCCGUCACCCUUCCCUCCCCUGGCCUCGGAGGCGCGGUGACCUUGGGGCAAGAGGGACGAGGUGGCGUCAGAGCCGAGGUCACCACGCCUGUGUCUCCCCGCAGCUCGGAUCCGGCCCCGGGCAUGGCCUCUGCGCUGCUGAGGAGCAUGGUGGCUUCCGUCGUGGGCCCGCUUCUGCGCCUGAGCCGUGCCGCCGCGGAGCCCCGAUCCUUCUCCACGUCGCUGCUGGGCACCCCGACAGGCGCCCUUCCUCCCGGCGUCCAAGUGCACUGGCCGCCCUGCGGCCGCGCGCAGCGGUCACUCCUGCAGCCGGACCCGCCGCAGCCACGUCCACAGCCCGCGCAGGGCUUCAAGACCAAGGGCGUCCUCAAGAAGCGCUGCCGAGACUGCUACAUGGUGAAGAGGCGCGGGCGCUGGUUCGUCUACUGCAAGACCAACCCCAAGCACAAGCAGAGGCUGAUGUAGCCCUUGCCUUCCAGCAGAGACCUCGCCUGAUCAAAGCUAAAUAAAAUGGGAACGCUCUGUCAUCUUAA